CUACUUUGACAAGCUACUCGGAAAAUGUGGAACGCACGAAAUACGGAGGGGAAAGCAGUAAAGAGCUUGGAUCUGGAGGAAACCUGAAACCUUGGCAGUCCCAGAAAUCCAGCAUGGACUCGUGCUUGUACCGCGUGGACGAGAACAUGACGGCUUCCACCUACAGCCUCAACAAAAUCCCCGAGAGGAACCUGGAGACAGUCCUGUCCCAGUCGGUGCAGUCUAUUCCUCUUUACCUUAUGCCACGGCCAAAUUCAGUAGCAGCCACCAGCUCAGCCCACCUCGAAGACCUGGCUUACCUGGACGAGCAGAGGCACACUCCCCUGCGCACCUCCCUCCGCAUGCCGCGGCAGAGCGUGGCCGGCGCCCGCGCGCAGCAGGACCUGCGAGUACGCUUUGCACCGUAUCGACCUCCCGACAUCUCCCUGAAGCCGCUGCUCUUCGAGGUGCCCAGCAUCACCACCGAGUCUGUCUUUGUCGGCCGGGACUGGGUGUUCCACGAGAUCGACGCGCAGCUGCAGAGUUCCAACGCCAGCGUCAACCGAGGCGUCGUCAUCGUUGGGAACAUCGGCUUUGGAAAAACCGCCAUCAUCUCCAGGCUGGUUGCGCUCAGCUGCCACGGCACACGGAUGAGACAGAUUGCUUCUGACAGCCCGCAUGCCUCUCCGAAACAUGCGGAUGCAAACCGGGAGCUGCCCCUGACACAGCCGCCGUCCGCUCACUCCUCCAUCACCAGCGGGAGCUGCCCGGGGACCCCCGAGAUGCGCCGGCGCCAGGAGGAGGCCAUGCGGAGACUCGCCUCACAGGUCGUCGCUUAUCACUACUGCCAAGCUGACAACGCCUACACCUGCCUGGUGCCCGAGUUCGUGCACAACGUGGCCGCCCUGCUCUGCCGCUCGCCGCAGUUCGUCGCCUACCGGGAGCAGCUGCUGCGGGAGCCCCACCUGCAGAGCAUGCUGAGCCUGAGGUCCUGCGUGCAGGACCCCAUGGCCUCCUUCCGCAGGGGGGUCCUGGAGCCCUUGGAGAACCUCCACAAAGAGAGGAAGAUCCCCGAUGAAGAUUUUAUUAUAUUAAUUGAUGGUUUAAACGAGGCUGAAUUUCACAAGCCGGAUUAUGGAGACACCAUAGUAUCAUUUCUGAGCAAGAUGAUUGGAAAAUUCCCUACCUGGCUGAAGCUGGUAGUGACAGUCAGGACAAGUCUCCAGGAAAUAAUUAAGCUGUUGCCCUUCCACAGAAUAUUUUUGGAUAGACUGGAAGAGAACGAAGCCAUAGACCAGGACCUGCAGGCAUACAUCCUUCAUCGGAUACACAGCAGCUCGGAGAUCCAGAACAACAUCUCGCUGAAUGGCAAAAUGGACAACACUACGUUUGGCAAACUCAGUUCUCACCUCAAGACCUUGAGCCAAGGCUCUUACCUGUACCUUAAACUCACUUUUGAUCUCAUAGAGAAAGGAUACCUAGUACUAAAAAGCUCCAGCUACAAAGUAGUCCCAGUGUCUCUGUCAGAAGUUUACCUGUUGCAGUGCAAUAUGAAGUUCCCAACGCAGUCUUCCUUUGAUCGGGUUAUGCCUCUCUUGAAUGUGGCAGUGGCAUCUCUGCAUCCAUUAACAGACGAACAUAUUUUUCAGGCCAUUAAUGCAGGUAACAUUGAGGGCACUUUGGAGUGGGAUGACUUUCAGCAGAGGAUGGAGAACCUUUCUAUGUUUCUUAUCAAACGUAGAGAUAUGACGCGAAUGUUUGUUCAUCCAUCUUUCCGAGAAUGGCUUAUUUGGAGAGAAGAAGGUGAAAAGACCAAGUUUCUCUGUGAUCCAAGGAGCGGCCACACGUUACUUGCCUUCUGGUUUUCCCGUCAGGAAGGAAAACUAAAUCGACAGCAGACUAUUGAACUGGGACAUCACAUUCUCAAAGCACAUAUUUUUAAGGGGCUGAGUAAAAAAGUUGGGGUAUCUUCCUCCAUCCUGCAAGGGCUCUGGAUCUCCUACAGCACCGAAGGUCUUUCCAUGGCUUUGGCAUCUCUGAGAAAUCUCUACACUCCAAAUAUAAAGGUCAGUCGGUUGCUGAUUUUAGGAGGUGCGAACGUGAAUUACCGCACCGAAGUUCUGAACAACGCCCCCAUCCUGUGCGUCCAGUCCCACCUGGGUUACGCGGAGAUGGUGGCUUUGCUCUUGGAGUUCGGGGCCAACGUAGACGCCGCUUCGGAAAGCGGCCUGACCCCCCUCGGCUACGCGGCUGCCGCUGGAUUUCUAAGUAUCGUCGUGCUGCUCUGCAAGAAACGGGCCAAG